AUGGCCUCACCACUCGACCUGUAUGAAUCCAUCGACAUCAUCGGGACGGGGUCCUUCGGUAUAAUCAGGAAAGUCAGGCGGAAAGCUGACGGCCAGAUGACUCACCACAGCCACGCACCAGGUAUUUGCCCGAAAGAACUCAACUUCGAGCGCAUGACCGAGCGAGACCGCAAGCAAAUUGUCGCGGAAGUCAACAUUCUGAAAGACCUCAACCACGAACACAUCGUACGCUAUCACGACCGUCAUGUUGACCGGGACGCCGGCAUUCUGUACAUUCUUAUGGAGUACUGUGGUGGCGGCGACCUUUCUGCCGUCAUCAAGCAAGCCCAGCGCCAGAACCGACCCAUCCCCGAGGACACAAUUUGGAACUACUUUAUGCAGAUUCUGCUGGCGCUGAACCAUUGUCAUCACCCAAACGGGCACGGCCGUGCGGGUAGUAGCGGCGGGGCGGACGACGGUCGGGAGCGUAGGCCACAGAUUUUGCAUCGAGAUUUGAAGCCAGACAAUGUAUUUCUCGACGAGAACAACCUCGUCAAGCUUGGCGACUUCGGACUCUCCAAGGCAAUGGCCCAGGCGAGCUUCGCAAACACUUACGUCGGCACGCCAUAUUACAUGUCUCCCGAGCUGAUGCAAGAAAAGGCGUACGACUCGAAGUCGGAUAUCUGGUCGCUGGGGUGCCUCAUCUACGAGCUCUGUGCGCUAAAGCCGCCGUUCCAUGAAGCGAAAACGCAUGCGGAGCUUAGCAUACUCAUCAGGACUGGUCGCAUUCCCCCAUUACCCAAGGGAUACACCCCAGCUCUCGCGGGCGUCAUCAAAGCCAUGCUGAAUCUGAAUCCCGCGAUGCGCCCAUCCGCACAACAGCUCCUCAACCACGAGCGGAUCGAGCUCGCCUUCAAGGUCGGCGAGACUCAGAGGCUCCUCAACCAAGUGAAGUCGCAUCGAAGCGCGGUGAUCGCCAAGGAACGCGACCUCGCUGCGCGCGAAAGCGCUGUCGCUCAACGCGAAAACAGCCUCCAAACCCUCCUCUCCCAGAAAGAAACUGAGAUUGCCGCCCUGCGCAACUCCCUCAACACCGCUCAAUCGUCCCUCUCAUCCAUCCAAGCCGCCUUCGAGACCACCCUCGCCGAACGCGUGCGCCACCGCGAACAAGAGCUCCGUGCGCUAGUCGCAGCGCAGGAGGCAGAGGUUGCGGCGCGGAUGGCGCGCCGUGAGGAAGAGAUUAUGGCCGCGGUGCGCGCGCGCGAAGAGGAGAUCGCACGGAUGUGGGCGGAGUGGGAGGCGAAGACGCGCGAGGCGAUGGGUGCGGCGGUCGAGCAGCGCAUGGAGUGGGUCCGCGCGCAGGCGGGCGAGGUCGAGGGGGAGCGCACGCGCCUCGAGGAGGUCAAGCACGAGUUGGAGAGGAGGAUGGCGGAGGUGGAGCGCGCGGAGAGGGAGAGGGAGAGGAGGGGCGCGAGGGCGGGUAUGGGGAAGACGCCGUUGGAGGAGGUGAAGAACUUGCUCGCGCCGCUGGCGCGCAUUGCGGAUACUCCAGUGCGCCCGGUUGCUAGUCUUACAAGGGCGUCGUCGGUGUUCGAGACGCCCCGGCCUCCAGCCCUGAUGAAGACCACACCGUCGUUCCCUGAGGACAUUGCGCCGCCCAGUGCGAUGAAGGGUGUCAUCCUCACUGCCACCGGCGAGCCCGUUGCGACACCCUCCCCCGCAGAGCUUGCGAAGCUCUUUGUCAACACACCGAAGGUCGGGCUGAACUUUGCCAGGAUAUUCGACUUUGACUCGGAAGAUGAAGAGGAUGAGGAAGACGAAGAGGGUGAAGAGGAGGACGAGGAACCCGCACCAGGCGAGGAUGGAUAUGAGACCGAUACGCGUCCGUCUUCGCGCCGGAGUAGCUCGAGCGCUGGCAAGGACGAUGAGGACGACCGAACUCCCCAGCCCUCACCCACAGUGGCCCAAGUCGCGUCCGAGGCCACCUUCAUCCGGGUCUGCUGCUCCCCGUCCAGCGGGCAGGACGUCCGCGCCGGGUGCAGCACCCUCGAAUACAGUAGCGAGCCAGCCCGCUCCUGA